AUGCCCGUCUGGGACCGCCUCUGCGCCGAUGCGGGAGUGCGACGCACGCUGCCGCGCAAUCAGGGGGCGACGCGAUGCGAGGAGCAAUGGGGGGCACCACCUGUCGCGGGGAGCGGCACGGAGCGGCGCUGCCACAGCGGCUUUGUCAUCAACAACAGCAGCGGCCGGGAGGAGGCGCAGGAGCAGCGGCGGCGCGAGCAGGCGGAGUCCCAGGCGCCCGCACUGGACGCGCUGCACAUGCUGACGCUCAAGAGCUACAAGAAGAAGUUCCCAAUGGACUUCAUGGCUGCCUGCCGGCCGCGCGCAAAGACGACUAACCAAACGCUGCGCAUGAUGGGCCUCUACGAAGAGGAUGGCUUCUUCAUGGCCAAGAUGGGGGCCCAGCCACCGGUGGGCGUCACGGCGGGCGCGUUCCUGCCAGACAUGCGCAAAAGGAACCCCAACAGGGCGGUAGCGUGCUGA